AUACCACUUAUAACCACCUUUUGAAAAUGUUGUUGGACAAAUAUAGCCUUUUCCGUUAGAAACAUUGACGGCGUUACUAACACCGUCAAAUAAGUAGACGGUUUGCUGAUUAGGCGAGAAGAAAUCGAACACGUCAGCGCCAACUAAGCAAUUCUUGACACGUCAUAUAUUACAUUAUUAAAAAAAAAUCUUACCAUAUAUUCCCAUUUCCAUCGAAGCGAGUCCUUCAGCCCCAAUUAAAAAAAACCCUAACACUGUUUCAAAAAAAAAAAAAAAAAAACCCUAACACCAAGUAUGGUGUUCUAUCUCUUACAAUUGUCGCCGUCUCUCUCCAUACUUGACCCAAUCUAUUCCGUCUUCUUCCUCUUCAAAUCCCACAAAAAUCUUCCCCAAAAGUCAUCCAAAUCCUCACUUCCCCUGUACCUCCACUCGUCCCCAACAAUCCAAUCCCACGUUUCCCUUGUGGCUCCUCCUCACCCCGCACAGUCAUCCCUCCUCCUCCACGACAAGCUCAACCACAUGUCUGGCAAAGAUACGGAUCUGGAACUGGGAACCAGAAAUUCGCUUCCCCUUUCUCCUCCGUCCUGUUCAAUCUUCCUUCUGGCGAUGACGGCGACGUCGAGGACAACCUUCGUCCGUCAUCCGUGGACGGAGAGAAGCAAAUCGCUCGAUCGUUGUUGCCUUUCCCCACCGCCGCUGCCGCUCCCGUCCUCCUUCUCUCUCUCUGUUUGCUGUCUCGAUCGAGAGAGAUAGACAAAACUAUGGCGGACCGCUUACUGGAGAUCCGACUGAUUAUUGCAGUCGAUGGUGAUAUGAGGAGGGCAAAUAGAUAGAAAAGAUUACAAAGAGGGAGGUGGGUUGCUUUGGGAGAAGAAGAGGCAUGGAAGCAAAUGGUUUUUUUUGUUUUUGUUUAUUGGUGUUUAUUUCAGAGAAAGAAGAUAAGGAAAGAGGAAGAGUCGACAAAAUGGUUGGUGGGUAGGCUGCUUCGUGUUUUGUUUGUUUUUUUUUUUUUAAUUAUUGUCCACGUGGAAAUCACUGGCGGUCCACGUAAGCUGCUCCGCUUGUCUAGUUACACUUAACGUUAACAGCGUUAAAGAAUUGGACGGAGGUGGCUAUAAGUGGUAUUUCGCCAAAUGUGGCUAUUAUUGGCACAAACGUGAAAGUUUUGGCUAUGGAACUGUAUUUUGCCUUUAAAGUUUAAACUCACUAACUUCAAUACUUUACUCAUCUAUAUCAAUCACUAUAACUUAUUAUUAUUAUUAUUAUUAUUAUUAUUUAAACAAAAAUCUUGCUCAUUUUCUUACUUUUAUAAACAAUAUCUUAAUAGAACUUAAAAGUAUAAUUGACAUUUUGAAAAAAAAAAUUCAAUUUAUGUGAAGAACAUUAUAUAUGAUUAUUCGAGGGAGAUACAUAUAUUAAUUUUUUUCAGAUCGGAGAUGAGUAAAUUUUGAUAUGGCAUUUGCUUCAACCUUCUUUUCCUUAUAUGCUACGUAGAAGUAACUUCAGUUAAAACCUAAUGACAUUACUGAGUGUUCAAAUGGUUAUCAUGGUUAUAACCAAAUCAAAUAAGGCUAAAUUCCAUUAACCAUGGAAUACAAUAUCAUAACCAAACCGUCCAAACUAAUACAGCAACCAAAUUAACCAAACUAAAGUUUAAUCGGUUUGGUUAAUUGGUUAACCAGAUUAACCAAUAUAAAAUCGCAUUAUCAUUGAUGAUGAAAAUUUUCCGGUUAAUACAACAAUUCACAAUUUAUAUAAUGAAUAAAACAUAACAAUCAACACAUAGUUAUAGUUGACCCUUAACAAAAAUACAUGCAACUAAGACAAUUAUCUACGAUUAGUAUAGAAGUAUUCACCUAACAAAAAUUUAUGACAAUGGUAUGGGUUAAUGAAUUGUUGUGUUUGUGUAAAUUGACUUAGUCUCUUAUCAAUUAUCAUAGGCUGGAAAUGACCUUCCUUUCAAGUUUUCACCCAUUAUAAUGUAUGAAAUUUAUCUAAAUUAGGCAUCCAUAUGUUGUGGUCUACACUUUAUAUAUACAAAUAUACACUAUAUGAGAUAUAUUGAGCUUUAUAUUUCAUAUGAGUCUAAAAGGGAUGAACGUUAACUCUUGAGUUGUUAUACAAGUAUUAAGUAUGUGUAUAUAAUAUAUGUUAGAUAUAUGACUAAUUAAUUAACUGAUUAAUUUGGUUUAACUGGUUAGGAGUGUCUGAAACCAAACCAAACCACCUAAACCAAACAAGCUAAAAACUUUAACCAAACCAAACCAAUUAUCCAAAUUAACCAAAUCAAAUUAUCCAAAUAGUACCGAUUAAAAUGGUUACCACGGUAACCAAACCGUUUAAACACCCCUAUUACUUAGUGAAAAUUUUGUUCGGCAAAUGUCAACUUCGCAAACUUCAGAUCUUGAGUGAUAGUACCCUAUUUUAUUUUUGUGGAAGGAAAAUCCCGAGUUCCGAAGGAAAGAGACCCAGCUAGCUUGUUCUCCAGCAAAAGUUGCUUCUGAUUGCAGUCAAAACUCACACUAUGUUUGGCAACAAGGGGUGCAAGUUCGAGGGGUACAAGUUGAGGGGUAAAUUGUUGGGGGGUGCAACUUGGUGGAGGGUGUAAGUGGAAGGGUAAAUUGUUGUUUGGAUGAAAAAGUAGGGUGUGCAAAUAGAGUAAAAAGUAAGUAAUUAU